AUGGCUCUAUCCAUGACCAAAACCAUCCUCGUCACCGGCGUCAACGGAUACCUAGCGUCCAAUAUAGCCACCACUGUCCUGAAUGCCGGAUAUCGCCUGCGUGGUACCUGUCGUUCCAAAGAACGUGCUUCGCGUCUGCUCAAUGGGCCAUGGAAGCCCUACGCGGACCGAAUCGAGAUUGCGGAAGUACCGGAUCUCUGUGAAGUAUCUGGAUUUAAUGAAGCUGUCAAAGGUGUCUCUGCUAUUAUCCACACGGCUGCACCCGUUAUCGGCCCGUCCAUUACCCAUGCAUCGCAACUCAUUAAGCCAACAGUCAAGGGCACAGAGAAUCUGUUAAACUCAGCUUUGGCUUAUGCAGGUUCUCAACUUGAAAGCUUUGUUUUUACCUCGUCUGCGGCGGCAGUCAUCACUCCUGGUGCGCAACCUCCGCAUACCUACGACGAUAACAGCUGGAACAAAAUUCAUCCCCUGCUCUUAAAGGACGGGGUAGAGGAUAUCUCCGUCUAUGAGGCAUAUCCGUGUGCAAAGAUCGCCGCGGAAAAGCUCGUUUGGGCUUUCAGAGAUACCAAGAAGCCUCCAUUCGCCAUAAGCGUCAUCUGCGGCUCCAUCGCCACUGGCCCACCGAUCAUUCUCCCUGAGACAACAGACAAGCUCCCUCUAACCCUGGCUCCCGUUUACAACGGUCUCAUCGGCAAAGACGUUCCCGGACCCCAAGACGCCAUUGUCAAGAUUGCUGGUGCAACUCCCUACGUUGACGUGCGCAAUCUGGCAACCAUCUAUCUAUGGUGCGCCGAGAACACUGCCAAGGCCGAUGGUGAACGCUAUCUCGUGGUUGCGGGACAUGGCCCCAAGCAGGCUAUCUUGGAUAUUUUGAAUGAGGAAUAUCCCGAGCGGCGGGGUGUAAUCCUUAAGGGCAGUCUGGAUCAGCGCUAUAACAAGGACUGGACGUUCGAUGAAGGAGGUGUGGGGUUCAAUUCGACGAAGGUGAAGAAUGCGGUUGGGUUGGAUUGGAUUCCGUAUGAUCAGAGUAUCAUUGAUACGGCUAAGUCUUUGGAGCCGCUGCUGGAGGCGGAGAAAGAGGGCUUGUUGGUUUAG